AUGUUCCCCCGAGCUGCACCCCCCAAGUCCCACCUCGGCCGCUACCGUCUGUUGGCACCCACUGCCGGCGUCAAAGUGAGCCCACUAUGCCUAGGAGCGAUGAACUUCGGUGAGGGCUGGAAAGAACGCCUCGGCGAGUGCGACAAAGAGACAUCUUUCCAGAUCCUGGAUACAUUCUACGAGAACGGAGGCAACUUCAUUGAUACAGCAAAUAACUACCAAGCCGAGGAAUCCGAAAAAUGGCUUGGCGAGUGGAUGGAAGUCCGCGGUGUGCGCGAUGAAAUCGUCCUCGCAACGAAGUAUACCUCGCCCUACCGCACCCACAACAAGUCCGAGAUCCAGGCGAACUUCGUUGGCAACAAUGCCAAGAGCAUGAGGCUGUCUGUGGAUGCGAGUCUGAAGAAAUUGAAGACGGAUUAUAUUGAUCUGCUCUAUGUCCACUGGUGGGAUUUCAGCACUUCCAUCGAGGAGGUCAUGACCUCGCUCAACCAGCUCGUCGUAUCCGGCAAGGUUCUGUACCUGGGUAUCAGUGAUACACCAGCGUGGAUCGUGAGCAAGGCGAACCAAUACGCCCGCGACCACGGCCUCCGCCCCUUCUCCGUGUACCAAGGCAAAUGGAACGCCGCCGCACGCGAUUUCGAGCGCGACAUAAUCCCCAUGGCGGCGUCCGAAGGAAUGGGUCUCGCACCAUGGGCCUCUCUCGGCGGCGGGGCAUUCAAAACCACCGCGCAGCGAGAAGCGAUUGCGCAGAGUGGUAACAAACCUGGACGACAGAACCCGGCGUCAGAGCGGGACAUUGCCGUGUCGAAGGUGUUGGAGGUUAUUGCUGCGCGACACGGGACUGCGCUUACCAGCGUUGCGAUGGCGUAUGUGAUGCGCAAGGCGCCGUAUGUUGUUCCGAUUGUUGGUGGGCGUACGGUUGAGCAUUUGCUGGGUAAUAUUGAGGGGCUGAAGGUUGAUUUGUCAGAUGAGGAUGUCAGGGAGAUUGAGGGGGCUUAUGAGUUUGAUAUUGGGUUCCCGAUGGACUUUUUGUUCCGGGGGAAUGAUGUGGCUGAGGCACAUCCUGGGAAUUGCUCUUUUUUGAAUGUUGCGGCUACCUUUGAUUAUCCUGAUUUGGUGCGCGCGGUUAGGCCGAAGAAGUUGGAUGAUUGA